AGCUGCAAAUGCAAAAUUAGCAUUUACACAGCAAAGAGAAAGACUAAAUUUUUGGUAGUAAAUGAGUGGCACGUAAAUUAUUGGCAUUAAUUAAAAAAUACGGUUUUCUUGACUUUAUUUAUUCGAUCUUUCAUAAUAUUUUAAGUGAAAAAAAAGUCUUAAUUUUUAUAUACGAGCUUUGCUGGCCUGGAUUAUUGACGUUUUGUGAGUCGGGAAUAGGCUUCUGAAUGCUGUUUGUGUCGGUCUGUUGGGUGUGCGGUGUUACGAAUAUUUAUUAAAAAUAAUAAUUUAAAUACUUAAUUAAUAAUUGUGAUAAGUGCCAAAUUGUGUAUAAUAUUUUAUAUUUAAAAUGUGGUGCAAAUUAGCACUGAUGUGGCAAACCGGAUUGCACCAAGUUGGUGAAAACGUGACUCUGUUUUAAGAUGGGCGAGCGCGCGCGGCGAGCGAGCGGCCGCGCGGCGUCGGGUGACACGCGUUGCACGACGCUUGCGCCAUACACCGGGUUCUCACUUGUAACACUGGAUUGAAGCGGCCGUACCGGGCUAGUAUGGAGGAGUGCAAGAAACGAGCACAAGGCACUAAAGUUUCUAAAAUUGCAAAUAUUUUUCAAGGAAUGCCGUCAAGAGACGACGACGACAUGCGCGGAAGUGAUGUGACAGUGGUUCGAACUGAAAGCCAUUUGGCGAGGUUUAAUAAUGCUAGAGCUUUAUUUGAAAAAUUAGGUGAAGAAAAUCGUAAUUUUCGAAUUGAAAAGUCGCCUUCUGCGGCAGCUAGUUUUGCGGGAACAAGAGGCUUACCGGUGGUUCCUUCGCGCUCCCGUUCAAGUUCAGCGGGCUCGGUGAGUCCGACUCGGAACAAUGCCACUCCAACAUCCACUCUCGCACCAGCUGUUAAUGGCGAUCGCUUAUCUAAUGGUGCUACUCAACAGCCUCUACAGAAACCAGUUAAACCGAGUGUUCUUCCUAAACCUGAGAAGCCAGAUAGAAGGUUUAAUAAAGAACUGAUUGAGAAACAGAGAAACUGGACGGCCCAUUUUAAUAAGUCACGACCGACAAGAUAUGAACAAGAACAAAGAUUGGAUUAUAAAACAAAUGUUGGUUAUCAAGACAGAAAAUCGCCAGAAGUUGCAGACAGACAUGUUCCGUCACGAGUUUACUCACCACCUCUUUCCCCUGGUGCCGGUGAUUCUCAUAUAGAGCGUCCUAGUACUCUUCCUUGUGUAGUUAAUCGAGGUAUACAUGUUGCGAAGUCCCCUAGUCCUGUAAAAAAUGUCGCUCCUGUAUUACCUUCGCCUAGAUCUAAUAAUAUUUCACCUACAAUAAGAUCGGACAUAAUAUGUUCACCAACAACAAAAAAAGAUAAUUCUAGUUCACCUCAAACACCCCAAAAGACAGAAUUGAUGGAAAGGAAAUGUGUAGAAAGAUCUUCUAUUUCGCUGGAAUUUGAAAAAAGAAAAAUAGACACAAUAGAUGAAUUUGUUUCAAGGACUGAAAUUAAUUUACAAAAUUCUAAAGCUACAGAAGCCCCCAAAGUGGUAAUGUCAUCUUCAAUUACACCGGAUAUGAAUGUCGAUACAAGUCCAAAGUAUUCUAAAAUACCACCAUCGCCACCGAUUCGUGCUCCAAAAUCACCACCACCACCGAUACCUGAAGAAACAAAAAUACUAAGUGAUACUUCUAAAUCUGAAGAAACUGAAAGUAGAACCGUUUUAGAGAUAGGAAAAGAUGAUAUUGAUAUGUCACAGAAUAUUUUGAAACCUUCGUGUAUACCUUCAUUUAUAGAAGAAGUAAUAACGAAGAAUGACUUUAAUGAUACUGAAAAUUCUGUAAUAGUUUCACCCGACGUAUGUGAUAUUUUGUUGAGAUCACCUGCAAAGAGUCAAGAAGAGGAUGUUUUUGAAACGUUGUGUGGUGAACUUUGUAGUGGUGAUUGGAACGAAAAACGUAAACGUCGAUCUUCGACGCCCGAGUCGCCUAUCCAUGCAACUCAAGCCGACGACACACCUGGGUCUCCUCUUGUGACGCCGUUAGCCUCUCCAGUGCAUAGUCUACCGUAUUCUUCAUCUCCGGCGCCUGCUUCUCCAUCACAAGUGGGCGGAGAUCGCAAGUCAUCGGAGACGGAGGAGGUGGCGAGUCGCGUUCGCUCGCGCACUUCGAGCGUGUCCGACGAGGGUGGAUUCAACGAACCCUCGCCGGAAGUGGUAGCACGGCUAAAGCCUGCCGACUAUCGCGACCCGCAACCGCCGCUCACCAGCGACAUACGGGACGCGGAGCGCGCUAGAUCCGAUCCCGAUACGCUUUCCGUGCUGCAGCAGGACUCUGGUGUAGUGGUAAGCGAGGCGAGUCAGGGCUCCAUAGAGGUGCUCGAUAAGUCGACCACCAGCCAAUGGAGCGUGUCGGAGGAGGGCCCCGGCGAGGCGCGCGGCGACGAGGACAAGCAGCCCGACAGCAUGACGCCCGACGAGGCUGAGAUACUCUUGAGCUCCAGUAUUCUGGAGAAAAAACUUAGGCAAGAAGCUCUGCUGUCAGACGAGCAAGCGCAGGAGAUUGUGGCCAUGCUCUCUCCGCACGCGUUGCCGCACGACAACGGCGUCUCGCUCAACGACAGCUACCAGUCUGUGCUCUCCUACGAGAGCAUGCAGUCAGUGGAUGAGAGCUACGAGUUUGUGUCUCUGGAGGCAGACACGGGUGCGGGCGGAGACGCGCGGCCGCUCGAGCCGGAGCCGGAGCCCGAGCCCGAGCGCGAGCCCGAACCCGAGCCGCAGCCCGAGCCCGAGCCCGCCACCGUCUUUGAGCACUAUCCGCCGCGCGCAUUGCGCGAGCUCGCUGAGGAGAACGGCAUCCAUUACUUCGAAGACGGACACUUUUAUACCGAGGUCGCCGGUCUUCCACCAAUCGAAGAAGAUGACGACGACGACUACUACCCACCGGUAUUCGUCAAGAGAAACACUAGAGUUAAAUUCAGCACGGACCCCAUGCGCGUGUUCUCGACGCACUCGGUGCGCGAGUACGACCGGCGCAACGAGGACGUGGACCCCGUGGCCGCCUCCGCCGAGUACGAGCUGGAGAAGCGCGUCGAGAAGAUGCACGUCUUCCCCGUGGACCUCAUCAAGGGAGCAGACGGACUCGGACUCUCCAUUAUCGGCAUGGGAGUGGGAGCAGACGCUGGACUUGAAAAAUUGGGCAUCUUCGUGAAGACGAUCACAGAGAGCGGAGCGGCCGCGCGCGACGGACGCAUACAGGUCAACGACCAGAUCAUAGAGGUGGACGGGAAGAGUCUCGUGGGCGUAACACAAGCUUACGCGGCGUCUGUCCUUCGUAACACUUCGGGUCCCGUUAAGUUCCUCAUCGGACGAGAGAAGGAUCCCGAGAACAGCGAAGUGGCUCAUCUUAUACGACAGUCACUUGCCGCGGACAAAGAGAGGGAAGAAAGAUCUGCUCGCGAGCGACAGCGACGUCAGCAGACAGAGGAGGAGAGCAGCCCGCCCGCUGUCGACGCGCGACAUCCCGAUAUCACCGAGCUGCGCGCGCUGCUCAACGAGGUAGUGGGUAUGGAAGCGGGUGGCGGCAGCAGCACCGAGAUCAGCUCCCGUGUACGCGACUGGUGCGCGACGCGCGCCCCUCAAGACAGCCUGCGCCGCGCCAUCGCCUCCGCCGCCGACACCGCGCAGCGAGCGCACCGCAAGUACGAAAAGGCGAGACGCGCUCUCCGCGAGUGGCGCCGCACGCGCGCCAUGGUGCGCGCGCGCGAGGAGUGGUGGAGCGGCGCGCUGCGGGACGCGCACCGCGAGUACGCCGCCGCGCUGUCCGCGCUGCACGACCGCGUCGCGCGCCUCGAGGUGCUGCUGCUGGAGACUCAAAAGAAAGCGGGUCUGCCAGUUAUGCUGCCUCACGAACCGUCGGCUCGCCGUGAAACGCCGCCGCUCCCACGCCGGCCAGAUCCAGAUCCACUACUGAUUAAUGAUCCUUGGAGUUCCGAUAGCGAUCUAUCCGAUCUAUCUCCAGUAGAAGAUGAGUACGCAAAAGUCGACAAGUCAGAUAAAAAGCAACGCGAGGCGCCUGACAUCGGAGACGUUACGGCGAUCACAGCAAGCGUCGUCAAACCACAAGCCAUCGUCACUACGAGCUCCGUAACUUCGUAUGCUAAUGUUGUCUCAACUACUUCAUACGCUAACGUGACCACUUCGUCGUACGUUAACGUGACUACGAGUAACAUCCCGUCGACAGCGGCCGUCGCCCCACCGUCGAAUUCUAUAAGCCAUAUUACCGCUACAACGGUUGCGCCCGCUCCAGCUAUUGUAACGGAUACUUUGAGCGGAACAAACGCAACGGGGGCGAGUGGCGGAACCGGCGGCGGGACAGGCGGCGGGGCGGGCGGCGAGGCGGUGACGUCCCGCGAGCUGGACGCGGCCGUCCCGCGCGGCGCGCUGCUGGACACGUCGGCGCACCGCGCGCGCACGGACCUGGCGCGCCACCGCCACCACGCGCCGCUCUCGCACUCCACGCACUCGCCGCACUCGCUCAGCAACGCGAGCUCCUACGACGGCUUAGAUGACUCAUACAACGACUCUGCCGACGAAUCGCUGAGUGAAUCCACGUCGGGAGCCCCCACACACACCUCCCACCACACUCGCGAGCGUCAGAGUUGCGGCAGCUCGAUCGGCAGCGCCACCGACGACGCGGUGUACGCGCGCGACCCGCGCCUGCACCCGCUGUCAGGUCCGCCCGCGUCGCUGGCGGAGCAGCUGAAGCAGGUGCUGGCGGAGCGCGAGCGGCGCCUGGCGGCCGGCAGCUCGCCGCAGCCCGACGCCGUGCAGCUCACCAACGACCUCGUGGACGAGAUCCGCCAGGCCGUCAGCGAGGCCAACGCCAGAGUGAAGAAAGCUCCGGCUUGUGUAGUCGGCGGCGAGGUGCCGUGGCAGCCGCUGUCGGCGUGCGCGUCCGAGGCCAGCCUGUCGCCCGCGCACGCGCCGCACGCCGCCGCGCCCGCGCUCGCCGCGCCGCCGCACCCCGUCAACCUCUGGACCAAGCAGCAGGUAUGGCAGUGGGUGUCGGGCCUGGGCGAGGGGCUGGAGCGGUAUGCGGGCGCGUUCGCGACGCGCGGCGUGGACGGCGCGCUGCUGCUGUCGCUCAGCUCGGCCGACCUCAAGCUGCUGGGCCUGCCGGGCGACGAGCGCCGCCGCAUGAAGCGCCGCCUUAAGGACCUGCGCGCCAAACACGAGAAGCACCUCAAGGCGGUCAAGAAGGCUGAGAAGAAGGCCCGCAAGAAGUAGUGCGCCACCUCCCUCCCCCUCCCGCGAAGCGCGCCCGCCCGCCAAAGAGAGCCUCGGUUCACGUAAAGGACACGUCCGUCGUCUAGUCUUUAGGUUUUUAAAUUUUGUCUUUCGCUACUUCGCAUCUCUUGCCUCUUUUAUUUAUGUAAUUGACUCGUUCUUAUGACAGCUACGUUUCUUCCUUUCAUUCGUGUCCGCUUUAUGUGAACCGUCUCCCCAUCGAAUGUAUUACUGUUUACCACUGAUCGUAAAUUAGGUAUGUAGGGCCAUACUUAAAAUAUUAUGGUAUGUGAACUUAAAGAAAAUAGGGUUUCUUUUGUGUUUUGUAUUGAAGUGAAAUGAAAAGGUGUUAUACGAUAUGAGUUUAGAUGUAUGUAUGUAGUAUCGUAUGAUGUAUUCAAAAAGUCGAUAGUCAGAUAUCCAUUUUGGACGAUACUGAUGUUGCGAUUAACGAAUUUGCCAGAUGUUGGACUAUAGUAAUAUUUAAGUGCGAUACUGGACUAUUUUAUUUCGUUCAUUAUAAAUACUGAAUUAUACUCAGUAUGUUUGUGGGUAAAGCUGCCUGAUAGCAUAGAGUGCCAUCUGACGUAGCUUUUAGUCGGUAGAGACGAUCUUAGACGAUAGCUUCGAACGAAGAAUCGAAUCGUGUUGGUCGAAACAUAGAUUAAAUAUAAUUAACAAAUAUGAAAUAGAUCGAUCCAAUUGACGAUAUAAUAAAUACUACCAAAGUGAAAUAAAUAUAAGUAAUAUAUUUUCAAUGCUACAAUUCUUCGUUGUUCCUACAUUUUAUAUUAAAUGUCUAUAAUUCUGAGUUUAGUGUGUGUUGAUGGAUUGUCUGAAAAUACUGGCUCAAUCUAGUCAUAAGAUCAAUUUGUAAGCUAUUCGGACUUAUGAACUACUACUAAAACUUUUUUCUCCGGAAUUUUUCAAUUUUUAGGAUAAAUUGUAACUUCGAAGUGUAAUAAUUUAGGAUCUAUGUAUUAAUAAAAUGAUAACAUUGCGAUAGUCGUCUUAAGUCAAUAUUCAGAAAUUUACAAGUUGAUUUUGGUAAUGGCAUUUAUUUAUAAAUUAUACUGCACAAAAUGUACUUAGGUGAAUAAUUAUUCGUAUAUAUCCCAUGUAUUUGUGUAUUAAAAUAUUAGUAUCGAGCAUUCACUAUUGUGUGAUCUCAUGAUGUAAGAGGAUAUCCACAUCUUUUACAGCAAUAAUAAUUACAGUAUUUAUUAGACGAGCUGCCUACAUCCCAGUUCCUGUUAUAACAAUCUAAAUGAUUUAUAUUACAUUCCAAUGACUUUCUCUCAAUAUAGUUAUUUCAUUGUGUGUUAAAUGAUUUUAGACAAGCUUUAUAGUUUUCUUAGGCGACAUUACUAGGAUUUUCUAAGUGUUAAUCUGUCUGUGUAUCCUUAGACGAGUUUGGUUCUGUAGCUACAUUUACCGUGUAUAUAUAGUCUCGAAGCGGACUGACUGGAGACUAAUGCAUGUUUGUUGUGUUCGUAUGACUGAAUAUACAUCAUACAUUUAGAUUAUUUAUUUCGAUUAAGAUUUAACAAUUAAUAUAAGUAGAACUCCAUUAACUAUUGCCAAAAUUGAUGAGUACUUUUUUUUAUAUUUGUUGAUUUUUUUAAUUUACUUUCAUUUAAAUUAUUUUAAUAUUUAUUUUGGGACCAAAUUAAUUUAUUAUAA